CAUGCAGUUGCCCAUGCCCAGGACAUUGCCUCAACAUUCUACAUGUUCAUCACACCAGCCAUCGAAAAAAUCAUCCUGGAGAUGACACAUUUGGAGGGUUUCUGUAAAUAUGGAGACAACUGGAAAAGGAUGGAUGAGAUUGACCUGCGUGCCUACAUAGGGCUGCUAAUCUUUGUGGGUGUGUUUAGGUCCCGAGGUGAGGCUUACAUGUAGUCUCUGGGAUGCAGAGAGUGGAAGGGCGAUUUUCCGUGCCACUGAAAGUCUUUCACACUUUCUAAAGAACGCUACGAUUUGAUAACCGUGAGUCAAGACCUGCAAGACUUGUGAGAGACAAACUGGCGGCCAUAAGAGAGGUCUGGGAGAAGUGGGUGGAGCCAUAAGAGAGGUCUGGGAGUAGUGGGUGGAGCCAUAAGAGGUCUGGGAGAAGUGGGUGGAGCCAUAAGAGGUCUGGGAGAAGUGGAUGGAGCCAUAAGAGGUCUGGGAGAAGUGGGUGGAGCCAUAAGAGAGGUCUAGGAGCAGUGGGUGGAGCCAUAAGAGAGAUCUGGGAGAAGUGGGUGGAGCCAUAAGAGAGAUCUGGGAGAAGUGGGUGGAGCCAUACGAGCGGUUUGGGAGAAGUGGGUGGAGCCAUAAGAGAGGUCUGGGAGAAGUGGGUGGAGCGUCUGCCGUACCUCUAUAACCCUGGGCCUGAAGUAACAGUGAAUGAGCAACUGGUUCCAUUCAGAAUUACAUUUUUAUUUUCAUAACUGUAAUGUCGCUGUCCUUUCCGGCAGUAUAUGCCCAGCAAGCCAGCAAAGUAUGUAAUCAAGAUAUGGGUGGCACAAUCCAGCUACGCUUGGAAGAUGCAAGUCUACACAGGAAAGCUGACCAGUGGGGGCCCGGAGAAGAACCAGGGGAUGCGGGUUGGGCUUGAUGUGACAGAGACUGAGGAGGCACAAUGUCACUGGUGACAAUUUCUUCACCUCUUAUGAACUCAGCCAGCAGCUCCUGAAGAAGAAGAUCACCAUGGUUGGCACAGUUAGAAAGAACGAGCCUGAGCUCCCGCUGCACUCCUCUCAACAAGGGGGAGAGAGGCCUUCUCAUCAGUUUGCCUUCACCCCCACCACCACUCUAGUUUCUUACCUCACAAAGAGAAACAAGAAUGUGGUCCUCCUGAGCACACUGCACAAAACAGCUGAGAUCAGUGAUCGUGAGGACAGGAAGCCAGCCAUCAUCCUGGACUACAACCACAACAAAGGAGACGUGGACAACCUGGACAAGGUGAUUGGAACUUACAGCUGCAGGAGGAUGACUGCCCGCUGGCCCCUGGUCAUCUUCCAUAACAUCAUUUAUGUGUCCUCAUACAACGCCUUCGUGAUAUGGAACAACAUCAACCCUACCUGGAUGCCUGAUAAGGGGAACAACAUCAACCCUACCUGGAUGCCUGAUAAGGGGAACAACAUCAACCCUACCUGGAUGCCUGAUAAGCGGAACAAGAGGAGGGUGUUCCUGGAGCAGCUGGAAAAGACACUUGUAACCCCACACAUUCAAAGAAGGGAGCGCCUCCCCCGCACAGCGGCCUCUACAGCCCUCGUGAAAACUGUUCAGGGGGCUGAAUCUUGGCCUGAUCUACCUGAGGCUGGGGCAGGCAAGAGGAGGAGAUGCCAAAUUCUGUCCCCCAAUGGACUGUAAAACAAUACUAAGUGCUACACAUGAGAGAAAUACAUCUGCAAAGUCCAUGAACACACUUGCAUACUGUCCUACAUGUGCUAAUUACAGUUGAUUUGAUUUAUAUUCUUCACAUUUUUGUCUUGUAUCAUUAUUCUUAUUGUUAUUU